AUGGCUGAAGAUACCAUGCAACAGGUACAGAUCUUGUGUUUCAUCAGGCCUGUGGUCAGGGAUCUUGGGCUCAAGAAGUUUGGGAAUCUUGCUCUUGGAGGCACAGCUGUUCAGUCUUCCACAUACAGUGAUUUAGCAGCUGCUCAAAAUGCUGUCGAUGGCAACAGGGAGUCCGUUUACGCACUCGGCUCAUGCAGCGUGACUAACGGGGACAUGAACCCCUGGUGGAGAGUUGACUUGUCAGACGUCUACAGGGUAACCAGGGUUAGCAUCACUAAUCGUGGAGACUGUUGUGAAAAGAGGAUCGAGGGUAUUCAGAUCCGUAUCGGCAACAGCCUGGAGAACAACGGCAACAAUAAUGAGCUGGCUGCAACUGUUGGGCCCAUCCCACUUGGAAACACAAAAACAUUUGAGUUUAAGCAUGUUAAGGGACGAUACGUCAACCUUAUUGUGCCUGGACGCAAAGAAUACCUCACACUGUGUGAAGUUGAGGUAUAUUCAGAUUAAGUGGAACAAGAUGAUGUUACACC